AUGGCGUACGCGCCGACGACGCCGCCGAGCGCCGGGUACGCCCCGCCGACGCCGCCGAGCCCCUGGUACGGGUACGGGUACCUCGGCAUCGGCGCGCAGUCGCCGCAGAUACAGGCGGUGUACGAAGCCGCGUACGGAGCGGCAUUCGCCGCGUUGUCGCCGACGACGUCGCCCGCGGGCGGGUUCGCGCCCCCGACCGCCGUCGCGGUGCCGUACCCGGUGCCCGUGCCGACGCAGUGGUAG